AUGACUACUACGUCUGCUAGCAGACCCAUAAAUUCGUCAGAGGCUACUUUCUCUUACGCUGCCGCUGCGUCAGGAAAAAAUUCUGCUAGCUCAACUCCCACAAACAAGUCACAGACUGGUGGAUUGUCUAAACCUACAGUCCCCUCAUCAAACGUUGCUGGAACUUCAGUGUCUUCGACUUCAUCGACAGCACAAAACAUGAACGGCAGUACACCAACCACUGGGACCUCCACCCCGCAGUCGACAUCUAUUGCCGAUUCACAUGUCAAAACGAAUGGCGAUGCGAUCGCUCAGUCUUCGUCUGCUGUGUCAUCUCCAAAUCUGGGAGUAGGGUCGGCCCCUACGUUACCAAGGGAGGACGAAUCAGCCUCAUCCAUGUCGGAGGACAAAGGAAGUUCCUGGGAGAAGCAAUCCCAAACGUCAAGCCAUACAGAGAAUAAGCCCUCCAGUGCUGGUAGUAGAACACCCGAUAUUUCCAAAGCCACUGACUUGGUUCCUGCUGCUCUUCCAGCAGUGAAUAUUUGGAAGGUAAGAUCUGAAAACUUAACUGCCAAGAAGCCCAGUCCCACUGCAGCCGCAGCCGCAGCCGCAACUGCACCAUCUGCCAAGACUCCUGCAAGCCCAAGCAACGCCAUCGUUGCUAAGGACAAUGUAGAUAAGUCGGCGGAACAGAGGCAGGAUAAGAGGAAAAAGCCGUUCGGCGAGGGCUCAGAUGUUGCAGAGAAAGAAAGAUCUAAGGAGGGGUCUAGUGGGGUUAAAGAUGUUCCGGCCAGGGAGUUUAGAGACCGGAAGAAGAGCACUGAUGCCGGAAGGGCCAAUGGCUUUGCGAGCAAGGAGGAUGGACCAACUAUUCGAAAAACACCAAGGAAGUACCCGCCGGCAGAAAAAGAAGCGACUGCUCCAGUUCUUCCACCGCCUGUCACGGAUACCGAGUCUUGGCCAACACCAGAGAUUGCACAAGAUGAGGUCGAGAAGGCUAAAAGGGACAAAGAUGAGAAGGAUAAACCCGCAUCGUCCGUACUCCGGCCCGGUAGGGGUAGUACGUGGCUUCCUGUUGCAAUAACCAUACCGCAUGUUCCACCAUUCGCCAAUAAGCCAGGGCGGGGAGGAAGGGGCACCCGUGGUGGUCGUGAUGGUAGCAGCAGGGGGGGUUUAAGCACAGUGCCAUCAUCGUCCUCGCCCAACGGCGAUAAGCACAAUGGUGGCACAUUUGGGGCUGGGAUAGCAGUGGAGGGCGAUCGCGGCCGUCAAGGUUCUAGUUCUGGUGCAUCUCGAGGGGCUUACCAGGGAAAGCCAAGUAAGCGUGCUACCAGUGCUGGCGGCACUACACAGCGUCGUGAGUCAAAGGGCUCUUUGCCCAUCCCAUCUUCCGAGAAGAGGAAGGACUCGGCGGUGUCUCCAGAGGUCGGUGAACCGACUGCCGAAUCGACCCAAUCCUCAAAGACAGCAUCUGCCGGCACCCAAACUCACGACAGAGCGCGCCAAGGUUCGAGGUCGGACGAUCCCAACUUUGUCCCACAAGGGGAUGGUCGUCAUUUCUCCGAGGGCCAAGACAGGACUCAUCACAAUGCCAAUGGACAUUACCAUCCUAGGGAACGUGUGUACAAUAACCAGGGCUUCAAUAGCAACCGCCCUGAGCACCACGGGGGCGACAAUGUUUCGUCACAUGGCCCAAGAGAACGUGGUUUUGAAGGAGGCCGUGGCCGCGGCCCUAGAGGGCGGGGGAAUUACCAUAACCAACAAUAUAUAAACGGACACAAUGGUGCGCAUCAUCAGAACCCUGGACCCCAUUUUACUUCCACUCCUCCCCAUUUCAAUGCUCACCAAACCAAUGGUCAAUAUCCAGCUCAAAAUUCGCAGUCUUCACAGCGCCCAUUUAGAGGUGGAUCAAGGUCGCACCCGGGUCCCAACAACGGGAACUACAAUAAUAGAUAUCCAAACCCGAAUAUGCAACCACCCCCGCAAAUCUAUAUGCCGUCCUAUCCUCUCCCAUACGAUUUUAGCAUGAUAUCCCCAACCGGCAUCCCACCACAAAUUGAAUACACCGGAAUCAGUGAGAUCAUUGCUCAGAUCGAGUAUUAUUUUUCAGUUGACAAUCUUUGCAAGGAUAUGUUCCUGCGAAAACAUAUGGACAGUGAUGGCUUUGUCAAGCUUUCCCUCGUUGCGGGGUUCGCUCGCAUGAAAAAUUUGACCACAGACAUGAACAUCUUAAGAGAGGCCUGUUUGAGAUCCCACGAGAUACAGAUUGCCCAUGGUGUUGAUGAGUUUCACGUAAGAAAAGCAGUUGGGUGGGAAACAUGGAUCCUGAGCGAAAAAGAGCGUGAUCCUUCGGCUCAAUGUGACCAGACCAGCUGGCAGAUUGAUCCAAGACAACGCAGCCAGCAAAAUAGUAAUUCCGGCUCACCCCUCGAGAUGUCUGGCUCCGCUGCACCUUUCAUGCCCGGUCCUAUCAGAGGUCAGGGCCAGAACGCCAUUGCACCUGGUGCUCCACCUUUCGUUCCUUCAGGCAUAUUCCCUCCAGUCUUUGCCACCACUCCCCUGUCGGCCAACGUUCCCGAGUUCUCGCCCAACGGCGCUGUAUAUUUAAACGGAACGGCAGAAAACUCUCGGUCUGUUCCCGACGAGUUCUUUAUUGAAGAUUCACAGAGGUUAGUUGUCGUUACAAGGCGCCCUGGACAUACAUCCCCCUUGGGAUCUCCUAUAUCUGGGAUCAAUGGUGUGAGUACCAACGGCUCAACGUCUUCUAUCGUGAAUAGGCCAUCAUUUGGAUUAGACUCUGAAGUUGGGUGGCUCUUGAAAGAGGACAACCAAAGCUUAGAAUCCGAUAGUUACAUUCACAGGUUGUAUCCACAUGCUUUGUUGCAGGCUCAGCAACAGCGCGAAUCUUCCGGAGCCACCAAGAACUCGGAAAUGAUCACUCUCUACAAAUUCUGGUCUCAUUUCCUCUGUGCCAAAUUCAACAACUUGAUGUAUGAGGACUUCCGGCGAUACGCAUUCGCGGAUGCAGACUCCUCUCAACGGUUUGGGUUAGAGUGUAUUUACAAGUUCUACGAGAACGGACUUGUGACUCGCGAGUACUUCCAUGAUAAAUUGAUCCAGGAUCUUGUCGCUUUGGUCAAGAAGGACGCAAAAAACGGUCAGGACCUAGGUCUUGAGAAGCUUAAAUCAUUCUUGUCAAGCCCUCAGCUGAGUGUUGAGCGGAAACAGAAGAUUGAAAGCUUUGUGGAUUCGGAGCUUCAGUUCGUGCUUCAGAAUGGUGUGGAGUCAAAGGAUGGAUUGGUGGAAUCCUAUGCUGCUUGA